AUGUCUGAUCCCCCGCGCCAAGCGCCCGCCCGUUCCCGCUCCAACUUCGCCACCAAGUCCGCCUUUGACGGCGCUUCGGAGCUCAACCGCAGAUGGUCGCUCCAUCAAGCGACGCCAUCGCCCAAGGACGAAGCUGACCACCCGCUCCUGGGGGAUCAUGGCCGUCGCACCGCCGGGUUCUUCUCAAACUUCGUCUCCCUCGGCUCCAAGCAGGGAUCCUCCAAGGAUGCCCCGUCGCAGUCGCCGAGCGGCAUGCGCAGAAGACGCCAUGCACGCAAGAGCAGCAAAUCAAGCCACUCCAAGGCUGCUUUAGAUGCAAAGCCGCAGGAAGGCUCAAAGCUGGGCACUUUUGCCGGCGUCUUUGUCCCAACUACCCUAAACGUCCUGAGCAUUCUCAUGUUCCUCCGCUUUGGCUUCAUCCUAGGCCAGGGUGGAAUUGUCGGCAUGAUGGGCAUGCUCAUCGCUUGCUAUGCAAUCAACCUCUUGACGACCAUGUCCAUUUCGGCCAUUGCCACUAAUGGCACGGUUCGCGGUGGUGGUGCUUAUUAUCUCAUCUCUCGGAGCUUGGGUCCCGAGUUUGGCGGUUCCAUUGGUAUCGUCUUCUAUCUUGGCUUUGUAUUCAAUACCGGCAUGAACGCCGUGGGUUUAAUCGACUGCUUCAUUGAGAACUUUGGCUCCGACUCCGGCAACUGGUACCACUGGAUGCCCCAGGGGUUCUGGUGGGAGUACCUUUGGGCUACUGUCAUCCUCCUCGCGUGCACAAUGAUUUGCUUGGCUGGAAGCGGCAUUUUCUCCCGGUGCAGCAACGGUCUCCUUGUCGUGCUGCUUGUGGCUACCUUUAGCAUACCUUUCUCGGCACUGCUCCAGCGCCCCUUUGCCAGUCCAAAGCUGGGGAUAGAGUUUACCGGUGUGAGCUGGGAGACCUUCAAGGGGAACUUGAUGCCCAGGUUUACAAAGGGCGCUGCCGGAAGCGACUUGAAAGGGCGAGAGACCUGGCAAGAUCUUUUUGGAAUUUUGUUUCCGGCAACCGGUGGCAUAUUUGCCGGCGCUUCCAUGUCUGGAGAUUUGAAGCAUCCAAGCAAGGCCAUCCCGAAAGGUACACUGUACGGACUAGGGCUUACCUUUAUUUCCUACACCGUUGUGGCACUGGCAAUGGCUGCGAGCAUAACUAGAGGAUCAUUCCACCGCAACACUAAUGUCAUCCAGCUGGUGAACUUAUCCGAGGUCGUCGUCUUGAUGGGAGAGUUUGCGACCUCCUUCUUUUCAACUUUGAUGGGAGUCAUCGGCUCUGCAAAACUCUUGCAAGCACUUGCCCGGGACAAGGUGGUUCCUGGUCUGUCCAUCUUUGGCCAGGGCACCAAGGGCGCCGACGAACCAAUCUACGCCAUCUUUGUGACCUAUGCCGUGGCGCAGCUGGUGAUGUUAUCGAACAUCAACCAAAUCGCCUCCUUCGUUACAAUGACCUAUCUCAUGACGUUUCUAAUCACAAACCUCGCCUGCUUCUUACUCAAGGUCAGCUCAGCUCCGAACUUUCGCCCAUCAUUUCACUACUUCAACUGGUUCACUGCAGCUGUCGGUGCGGUUGUCAGCGGGGCGACCAUGUUCUUUGUGGAUGAGCUUUACGCAUCGGCUUGUGUCGCUCUUCUCAUCCUCAUCUUCCUCAUAAUCCACUACACGACCCCUCCCAAGCUAUGGGGAGACGUCAGCCAGAGUUUGAUCUACCAUCAAGUCCGGAAAUACCUCCUACGCCUCCGUGGAGAGCAUGUCAAAUUCUGGCGGCCGCAAAUCCUACUCUUCAUCAACGACCCGCGCCGCCAGUUCAAGCUCAUCCAGUUCUGUAACUCAUUGAAAAAAGGCGCCUUGUUCAUCAUAGGCCAUGUCAUUGUCACUCAGGAUUUUGCUGGGGCAGUGCCCGAGGCCAAACGCCAGCAAACUGCCUGGACCAAGUAUAUCGACUUUUCCAAGAUCAAGGCCUUUAUAAACAUUGCUAUCUCCCCCGGUAUUGAGUGGGGUACCCGGAACGUGGUACUUAGUGCAGGGCUGGGUGGUAUGCGACCAAAUAUCGUCGUAAUGGGUUUCUACAACUUGAAUGAGCUGCGAACUAGCUAUCCGCUAAUAGACGUCCCUUCGCCCCAACCGUCUCGUCCAGCUACGUCGAGUGGAACGCCCGAAGAACAAGGACCAAAGGACAAAGGUAAAAGCAAAAAGAAGCCGACUCAGGAAGACAAACUCAAGGGCCAGCUGCCGACGGAUGCCAUACGAAAGGAGAGCGCGGUAAACCCGCAAAGCUACGUGACCAUUUUGGAAGACCUUUUGCUCCGCUUGCAAGUCAAUGUCGCCAUCGCCAAAGGCUUCCAGGAUCUUGAAUUUCCGGCUCCGAAACCAACUGCGCUGGAAAAGGGCCUCGCCGCGUUGCGCUUCUGGGAGACCGAGGAGAAAGAAAACACGAAGAGGUACAUUGAUCUCUGGCCGAUCCAGAUGUCUGCUGAGAUAGCCGCGGGCACCGACGACCACAGCUCUCGUAGAAACGUUACCACAACCAACUUCGACACGUACACACUCAUCCUUCAGCUCGGGUGCAUCCUUAACACGGUCCCGUCUUGGAAACGCGCCUACCGGCUCCGCGUCGCCGUUUUCGUAGAGUACGAAUCCGACGUUGAAGAAGAGCGCGGGCGCGUGACGGCUCUGCUCAGCAACCUCCGCAUCCAAGCCGAAGUGCUCGUCUUCUGGCUUGCGUCGGGCGACCUCAAGACGUACGAGAUCAUCAUCAACGCCAACACGGAUGAGUGCAACAAGGAAGCCCUCAAGGACGUAAACGAAGCGCUCGAAGAUGAGGAGUGGUGGGACGACGUGCAGAAGCUCCGGGGCCGGCAAGAUAGCGUCAGCGCGGUGCAGCAGCUCGCCGAAAUUGAAGGCUUGUUAGACAACGCGUCCAACUGGCCUAGCACGGCGUUCCAGCACGGGCGGGGACAGCAGCUGUCCGAGAGCCGCGAGAAGCGUUUCGCUGACUUGCGCAAGAUGUUGCGCACCUCACGGCGCAAGACGUCGAUGACGAGUUUGAGGCAGCUGGGUGUGAAUCUGGGUAUGCGGACGCACCGGCUGCCAGCUGACCUGGCGAGCGGGUACGGCAGCAGCUACAGUGAUAGCGAUGACGAUGACGAAGAGGCCAUCGAGACGGACGAGGACUCGGCUGGGUCGGUUGUCUCGGAGGGUGAUGCAGAUGAGUACGCCUCUAGCGACGACGAAGCGGCUCGCGCGCCUGCCAGGCGCGCACGCAGCUUGAGUGCGAGCGAGGCCGCGCCGCCGGCUGCUGGCGCUGCUGCCGCAGCGAAGAAGUCCGUCCUCAGGCGCAUCACGAACGUGCUGAAUCCCAUCACUGCGGCGUCCAGCGCCCAUGGGUCAAAAUCAACUGACGCGCUUCCAUCCACGGCAAUCCCGCCAGUGGAAUCAAGCCCACACCUCUCGCCUUCGUCUUCACCUGUCUCAGCACCAGCGGCUGGAGCUGGCACCGGUGCAAGGAAAAGCAGCGUGUCCCCUUCGCCCCUGCGGCACCAGCUGGACCAACAGAAACAGCAACCGAAGAACCAAGACCAACAGCACCAGCCGCACCAGCUCCCCACCCGGCCGCCCGUCAUGCGCCACCAGUCGCUCCCGAAAUUCACAUCCAAGCCCGUGCCGCGCACGCGCGUCGCCGCCGACGACGGCCCAGGCCCGAGCAUCAUGUUCGCCGACGCCGAGCACCCGGGCGGGAGUCCGCAGCGGGAGACGCCUUCGGGCCAACAGCAGGGCCAGGGCCAACAAGCCGAGCCCAAAGAGUCGAUCUAUACGCGCUCCGGUGGUGGUGCUGGCGCUGGCGGGCAAGCGACGGGCUUCCCCGCCGCGCAGGCCGUGCCGCUCUCGUUCAACGAUUUGCCCUGCCGCGCCCAGCAUCUUAUCCUGAACGAGCUGAUGCGCGGCGUCAGUCGCGGGACGAUCAGGGACGAUGGCAGCGGGUCGCGUGCUACGUCGGCGGCUUCGACGCCUGCGGAAACGCGCGCUGGUAGCCCUGCUCGGGGUGGCAGAGCCGCCGCCGAAGCCGAAACCGGAGCUGGAGCUGGAGUAAGUGGUAGGGGUGAGAACGAGAGUGGACGAGAGGCAGGAGCAGAGGCAGAGGGAGCAGAAGGUGCCAGCGGCGACGGCGACACAGCAGUCAUACUGACGACGCUGCCCAGUCCCGUCGAAGGCACCUGCGCCGACGAGGCCGACAGCGUGCGCUACCUCGCCGACCUAGAGGUGCUGUGCCAGGACCUGCCGCCCGUGCUGCUGGUGCACAGCAACAGCCUGACUGUGACGACAAAUCUAUGAGCGAGGGACGGAGAGUUUACUGUCAUAGAUGAGGCCGGCGAGAAAGGGAAUGGGAGGUGGAGGUUUUGUAUUGGUAAUUAAGCAUAGCAUAGGUAUCUGGGAGACACGGGUAGUGUCUCGCUCGUCGUGUAUUGCGGAGUGGGUUUCAAUUAGUUAAUUAAAUGCCCU